AUGAAGGAUUCUGGAGUGGUGAAGGGUAGGGAUUUUGUAACAACACGAAUGUAUCGACGAAUUGAUGACGAUAUUGUGGAAGCAGCACGAAGCUACGAAACCGACGAGGUGGAACGAUAUAAGAAGAAAGUUCGGGGCAAACUACUUCUCGGUGGCGGACGUUUUCGUGUACAUCCAAAAGAUCCACAGAAAACGAUUGUUGACUACCUCAUUUGCUUGGAUUUCAACGGACCAGAUCUGACAAAGCCAGUGGUCGAAUCAACACUUUCCAAAUUUAUUCUCCAGGAUGCCGAGUGGGCUCGGGAGCAGAUCCGGAAUGCUAAAGCUGAAAAUGCUGAUGCCUCCAACGAAACAAACCAAUAA